ACGACUUAGUACACUUUUCAACCCGACCACAUGAUCGCGUGGUACAUAAACAAUUAUUAAUAAAAAUAUUUCAACGCGAGUAAAAUGUGGUGUCGUAUUACAAUAUUUUUCUUAGUUUUGUGCCUCGGAAACACACUACCUCAGGAUCAGCAAAUAAUUUACGAAUCAGACAUAGUAACGGAGUCCCAAUCCGUGACGGAUUCGUUGUCGGUUUCUGAUGAAGCAUACGUGAACGAGCGAGCCCGACCCGAACAACGAUACCUGCCUCCCUGCUCUCAGUGUAGUUGUGGCGAACGUAACGAGGAGCCCCGCAUCGUGGGCGGCUCCGCGGCUAGCACAAACGCCUUUCCGUGGCUCGCUCGGCUCAUAUACCACAACGCCUUCGGCUGCGGGGCGUCACUCAUCAACGAUAAAUAUGUCGUGUCGGCGGCACAUUGCUUGAAAGGCUUCAUGUGGUUCAUGUUCCGAGUGACAUUUGGUGAGCACGACCGCUGCGACAAGAGCUCGCGGCCCAUCACCCGUUACGUCACCAAAGUGAUCGCCCACAACUUUUCCCUCUCCGACCUCAGCAAUGACAUCGCCUUGCUGAAGAUCAGUUCGCCGGUUACGUACUCACAUGCUGUACGGCCAGUUUGCUUGCCGAAGUAUGAAGGAAGAUCCUACGAGAACUCUAUAGCCACAGUUUCCGGCUGGGGCGCGACGGGCGAGACCAAAAACUGGUCGUGCACGCUCCUAGAGGCCGAGAUACCUGUCCUCAGCAACCAGGAGUGUAGGAACACCAAGUACAACGCCUCGAGGAUCCAAGAGGCGAUGCUCUGCGCUGGCUUCCCGAAGACUGCGCAUAAAGAUGCUUGUACUGGUGAUAGCGGUGGACCACUUAUCUCCGAAAAUUCAGAUCAUGUUUAUGAACUUAUAGGUAUUGUGUCUUGGGGCUACGGCUGUGCGAGGCUUGGAUACCCGGGCGUUUACACGAGGGUCACAAGAUAUUUGGACUGGAUCAGAGAUAAUACCGACGACGCCUGCUAUUGUAGGAUAAAAGCUGAUGAAGAACUGUUAAAGAAAAUUCAAGACGAUGAAGAUUAUCAAAAGAUACCCAAAUGCAAUUGUCGGUGCGGUGAACGCAACGAAGCCUCGCGCAUAGUGGGCGGCGUGGAGACGAUGGUGAACGAGUUCCCCUGGAUGGCGCGGCUGACGUACUUCAACAGGUUCUACUGCGGGGGCAUACUCAUCAACGAUCGCUACGUGCUUACCGCUGCGCACUGUACUAAAGGCUUGAUGUGGUUCAUGAUAAAAGUGACCCUGGGCGAACACAACCGUUGCAACGAGACGAUUCGCCCUGAGACCCGCUUCGUGACCAGAUUCGUCGCUCACAACUUCACAUACUCCACCUUUCGGCACGACAUAGCCCUGCUACGGCUCAACCAGCCUGUCAAUAUUACUGACACGAUCAAACCUAUCUGCCUGCCGCACAGUGACGAUAACACAUACGUAGGCGUGAACGCCAUAGCAGCGGGCUGGGGAUCAGUAACCGAACAGAAGAACCACUCCUGUGUAUUAAAUGACGUGGAGCUGCCUAUCCUCAGCAACGACGCUUGCAAGAAGUCCAAGUAUGAGGAGGCCAUGAUAGCUGACGAUAUGCUGUGCGCCGGCUUUCCUGGUCAGGGAAUGAGGGACACUUGUCAGGGAGACAGUGGCGGACCCUUGGCAGCCGAAAGGAGAGAUAAACGCUACGAGCUUUUAGGCGUGGUCUCGUGGGGUAUUGGCUGCGGACGUUCCGGGUACCCGGGAGUAUACACGCGGGUCACCAAGUACCUGUACUGGAUCCGGCACAACGCACGCGAAGGAUGCUUCUGCUCUGAUUAGUCAUUUAAUAUAUUUUAG